CUCGGAACAACAUCGAGCGACGCAGCCACAGCGACCACCAGCGCGAGCGCACCGGAGAUCCUCCUUCAGCGAUCGCUCUCCUCGAGCCCCACCAUGUCUUCGCCGCCGCACCCGUCAUCUUCCUCGUCCUCGCUGAACGCCAAGCUCGAUUCGUCCGCGUCGUCAAGCGCCCCGAUGGAUUCAAUUGUCGACGUCGAGCCGGAUGCGCAGAUUCUGGAGGCACUCAAGAACAAGGAUAGGUUAUACGUACUGAAACUCGGGGAGCAGAUGGAGGCGUUGAUCAAAGAGCGGAGGGUUCGCAUCGACCUCUCCCCGACCACCACAUACCAGCGGAUGCUCGUUCGGCGAUGUUCAGCAUACUACAAGCUCUCGCUGGAGCCGGACGGCAACUCUAAGACCAUGGUUGUCUAUUGUCGGGCAGAAAGUCGCAUUCCCGCACGACGUAUCUGUGAACUCGUUCCUGCGGUAGAGACGUCGACACUGCCUGCCUACCAGAUCAUUCGACGCGCAGACCGGCCACUCCGAGGACGACAACAUUCUCAGCCUGGAUCGACUGCCGGCGAAGACGCGGAUACAUCGGAUGUGGAGGCAUCUGAAGCCGGAAGUGUGGGCGCAGUCAGCAGCGCCGCUAGCUCUGGCGCGCGGCGAUACAAGACCAUUGAGGAGCGAGAAGCCGAGUACAAUGAAGCUCGCUCGAGGAUCUUCAUGGGAUUCGAGGAAAAGAAGGACAAGGACAAGGACAUGAGCGCCAAUUCGUCGACGUUCAGCCUCGUGUCCGGUUCCUCCACCAGCGGUGGGCGGGGAAGCAGCAGCAUUGGCGAUAUGGACGACUCAGCGAGUUCUGCGCCCACCGAGAGCGAGUGGUCAGGACCUGUUACGCGGGACAAGAGGGACAGUCGUCGAGGACCGGGUUCUACUACCUCCUCUGUGAGAUCGUUGCGAUCCUCGGCAAACUCCUACGGUGCGAAUGGAUCCGGCAGCUCCCGCAACUCCCGAGCGACCUCACCCUCGUUCACCUACCCCACCAUUUAUGACCCUGGACCCGGUCAAUCAUACGAACAAAAUCAAUAUGGUGGUCAGGCCCAACUACCACCUGGCUAUAUCGCUCACUACGUCUACCCUCCUUACAAUGCCGCUCCUCCUCCUGGUCAGCCCUACAUCGGCGGCUACUACUAUCCUCAAUAUCCGUAUCAGACGCAUCCACAUCAACACGGCGAUCCCAAUGCUGCUGGAGUUCCAGAUCCCAUGUACCCACCGCCACCGAAUGGUCACCAGCAGCAUCAGUAUGCGCCUCAGCAUUGGCCGACUGCGCCGAUAACUGGUCAACCAGCACAUGGCAUCCCUCAGCCGCCUAACCAUCUUCCGCAACAGCAUCACGCUCAGCCUAACAUGCAUCCUCCUCAUCCUGAGCAGCAAGCACCGCACCAAAUGCCUCCCAUGCAACAGGGUGCACCCUCUUACCCCCCGUUUCCACCUUAUCCUGCGAACCCUGCGGCAUAUGCGUACAGCGUUCCGGGGUACUAUCAAUCGCCAUACCCCCCAGGCGCACCCAUGGGACCGCCACCACCCCCAGUCCCCGGUCAAAUGUAUCACGCCGGUCCCGUUCCAGACGCCAUGUCUCCCAACGCUGGAAUGGGUAUGGAUGGACACGCCAUCAGUCGGACAUCAUCCCGGAACAGCAACGGGCAUGGUAGUGUCAGCGGCAAGCGUGGCGGUACUCGGACACGAGGUGGAUGGUACGGGACUGUUAACAACCCCGGUGCUUUCACGUAUAGCCCAUCCAACGGCAUGGGCGGAGGCAAUGACGCAUACGGUCCUCGGCUCAGUGUGAGACGCACAUCAGGAGCAUCAAGUGGAAGCGGGUCCGCUGGUGCAAGGACCCCAGCGGAUGAGACGUCUUCAACAGCGUCAUCUUCCACGACAUCGUCCUCUUCACGGCGUACAUUCACUUCAACAUCAACGUCGUCGAAGCACCCUCUGCCAGCACGCCCUGACUGGGCAGUUGGGUUGAAACCCCAACACUCGAGGCAUCACGACCACCACAAUGCAUCACGCACCAUGUCCCCCGCGCGGAUGGGCGGCGGGCCCGCGCACCUUCCUCCGCAACCUCAGCCCGUGCUGCAGCCCAACGACUUCCCUCCCCUAUCCUCCGCACCCGUCCCCGCUGUGCGACAACCCGCCCCGAGCGGUGCGUGGACGAACGCUAGCAUGUCGCGCGUCAUGAACCCGGUGCCAAACGCGGCGCAGGGCAGCGCGCUCGUCCACUACCCUAACUCGCAGCAGACGAGCCCACAGGUUCCUGCGGCGCCCGUGCCCGCCGCGCUCGGCCGCCUCGACGAGCAAGACGCAUUCGAACGGCCCCCGCCGAAGAACGCGGAACUCUUCAACCCGAAAGCCGCCGCUGCCGCCGCCCGGGCGAACGGGAACGGUACUGGAACCGGGGCCAAGCUCGUUGACAAGAUGGGCGCGCUCGCCCUCGAGGGCGAUGGCCUUGCGGGGGAAGCCCGUGUCGCGUCGCCGCAGUCUGCGAUUCCAAUUGGGGGCGACGUGAUGGGUGAGGCCGUCGCCGCGACGUCAUAG